AUGUUCCAGUCCGUCAUUCUCGAAAAGGAAGAUGCCAUCACGCAGGACCCUAGGGGCGUAGUUCUUACCGGAGACGCUCUCAGGAGCCUUUAUGCUCUUGGGUUGGGAAAGUACAUCUCCUCGAUCGGUCAGGAACUUCACUCUCUCAAUUUUCACACAACCUCCCCUCAGAAUAAGCCCUUCUUUGUGGUCAACCUGGAGUCGGAUAUGAUGCAGCAUGCUUUGCCGAGUACUAUCUUGCAAAGUCAACCAAAGCUGGAAUAUUUCCUUAGAGAACUGGUGUCAUCUUCGGAUUAUUGCUCUCUUCUCUCUGCCUGUGAGGUAGUUGGCCGUGAUGAACACGCGGAAGGGGUGACUGUUCACUAUCUCAAUCGCGACCAGAAAUCUUGCCAGAUCCAGGCCGGAUGGCUCGUCGGUGCGGAUGGGAAAAGGGGCAUCGUUCGCAAGCACUUUCUCGAACCCUCAGCAGGUAUCCGCCAGGAAGUUGGGAUCUUUGAGUACGACGGAACCUGGAUAGCUGCGAACCUCAAAAUCACACUCCCAACACCAGAGAGUCACCCUGAUCUUGCGCUUUGGGCUGCCGGAUACGACCAAGAGUCCGUAUUUGACCUUUUCUGGCCCCAAAAUUGGCAUUUCUGCCGUCCCCCGGGGAGACCCGUGGCCUGUGGCCGGUUCGGUCCGCUUGAGGAUCGGCUCUGGCGCCAUGAGUUUGCUGUUCCGGAGUGGGACGAUUCGAUGGAUGCUCUUUCGAUGUUUUGGGAUCAUCUAUCUCCGAUCAUUACCAGGAACAUUGAGCCGUCUUAUGGCGCAAGGCCGGUGGAGGUGACAUUUCCCUCUGACUGCAUCCAGGUCCUCCGCUGCCGGCCGUUCCAAUUUAGCCACCGGGUAGUCAAUGCGUGGUUUGCCAACCGCACUGUGCUGAUUGGGGAUGCGGCACACGUCUUUCCGCCCUUCGGUGGACAGGGCGUGGCAGGUGGUGUUCAGGAUGCUGUUGGGCUGGCCUGGCGGCUAGCAAUCCUUACUAAGAUGGGCACUCUAUCGUCCUCGAUUACCUGCCGUAAUUCUCUUCUACAGGCAUGGGCAGCUGAACGGCGGAUGGGCAUCGACAAUUCGGCACGUUUGACCCGUCAGAACGGCGAGUUGUGUAAUAAAGAGGCUUCUUUCAAGGGACACCUACAGCUGGCUUGCGUGAAGAUUGCUCAGGCUUUCCUGAACGGGCUUGGUAUGCGACUUCCGCUAGUUGAGGCAGACAGCCGGGGCUACAGUGGCUGUGGCAGAGGCACUUUCCUUGCCGAAUUUGGCGGGGGAAUUAAACUGGGCCAGAUCUACGUGCAGGUCCGCGUCCCAAAUCUUCCGACGCUCAGGAUUGAACUCUCGGAUCAGACACUGCGGCGCGCCCCCACAGUGCUGACGCUUCUCGUUAUUCAGCACACUCGGUGUCAUGAGGGACAGAGCUUGGUUGAUUUACGACAACUCCUUUCUCGGUCUGGGGUUAACUCUUCGAUAUUGUCGGAUAAGUCAAUCGUGCAGUUUGAUCCUGAGGGGUCGUCGAAUAUCGAAACGGGCACGGGCCGUUGGCCCGUCUGCCGUGCAGCCCCUACCGAUCUUCUUGCCGGAUAUCCCCUGCGCCUGGGAUAUAACCCUGAUCAGUUCCUGCACCGCCUUGGAGAUUCGCGUGCACGAUACGUAAUCGUCCGACCAGACCAUAUUAUCUUCGCGACAAGCAAGGACCUUAACGGUCUAAGAAAGUGCUUAGAGGAGGUGAAAUCCAGCAUCCCUUAA